GUUCUCAGUCAAUUUUGCUUCAACCGCGUCCCGCUCAGAAGAUCCGACUUGUUUUUUCCAGCAAACUACUGCAAAUUCUUCUUCAGGAGGAGGAGUGACUCUGAAUUUGUGAUAGAGUAGUUAGGAAAAUCUGUAAUGGCUGAUUCUGGUGGAAAUUCUGAAACUGAUAUUGCUGUUUUAAAAGAAGCCCUUUGCACUCAGCAGCAUCUUUUACAAAAGCUAAAUGUGGAGUUAGAUGUGGAAAGGGAAGCUGCGGCCACGGCAGCUAGUGAAGCUCUGUCCAUGAUCCUUCGUUUGCAGGGAGAAAAGGCUGCAGUGAAGAUGGAGGCCAUUCAGUAUAAGAGGCUGGCAGAGGAGAAGAUAAGUCAUGCGGAGGAGACUAUUGCGCUUUUUGAAGAACUUAUAUAUACGAAAGAGAUGGAAAUUUCUUCCCUUGAGUAUCAAGUUGAGGCUUAUAGGUACAUGCUUUUAAGCAUGGGGUGUAGUGAUUUGGGAAUGGGUGUUAAUGGCAAUGUGAGAAGACUCAAGAGUCUGCCUGUACUUUCCAAAGAUGUCAAGUUCAAGAGUUUUGAGAGUGAAAGGUCUGCAGUUCCUGAGAUGGAUUUGGCCUUGAUUCAUGGUAUAGUGGACGACAAAUUGGAGCACUUGGUCAAUGUGCAAAGCUUGGAGGUGAAGAGGAGUUCAGGUAACUUGGCAGGAAGUGACUUUAAUUACUACUGGGAACAGAUAAGAAACUUGGAUGAAUGGGCGAAUGAGAUAACUGAUGGUAAAGGUUUUGUUGGAAAAGAUAAAUAUAUCAAUCCAAAGGUUGAGUCCAGGUCAUUUUCAUUGAUUUCACAAAAAAGUAUCAGUUCAUCUCUAGAUCCUGCAAGAUCUCCUUUAAUACUGGAUGAAAUGAAAUGCUUGGAUGAUUCAAAGGAGAGAGAGGUACUCUUUGCCAGCUCUUCUUGUUCCUCUAGUGUCCAAGAUAUAUUUGAAGUUCCAGAAAUCAAUGACCAUCGAAAAACUUUGGCAAAUUCACGAAAGGGUCGGAGUAAGUUGAUUUUGGAAGAGAAUAAAAAUGGACUUGGGAAGAUAGAUUUGAUUGCAGAGGAAACCUUUGAAUCAACUACAAAAGAUGAAAUUGAAUGGGAGAAGAAAAUGUUGCCAAGUCCAAGCCCUGAGGAAAGAACAUCUAAGCCAACUGCUGGAAUGAAUUUUGACUGCAAGUUGUCUCUUGGACAGCCAAAUAUUGGCAUAGCUCAGUGUAAAGAUGAGAUACAACAGCUCAGCAAGCGACUUGAGCUGCUUGAGGGUGAGAGAAAUAACACUAGGCAGGAAAUUAGAGUUGCAGGGGAAGAGGAAGAGGAAAUAAAUUUGUUGAAGCAGAUUCAACAACAGCUUAAUUCAAUACAGUCUGAGAUAAGUUGCAUAACUAAGAAACCCCCACCUCCUGAUGAUGGUCCCCUACUUUCUGUUAUGGAGGGAAUGCUAUACUUUUGGUUUUAAUCAAGCAAUUCAUUUGGUUCUGACUCAGACAAGCUCCAGACAGAUAAAUUACAGCAUCAUCACUUUGAAAGUGUUCUGCAAAUGUAUGUGAAACAGUAUCAUUUGUUUUCCUUGGGGAUAUUCUACGUGUAUAGAAUGAGAAAAUAAUUGCACAGUACAAUG